AUGACGACACUGAGCAUCGUGGAGGCAUCUAUUGAUGACCUAAAGUUCGCUCUGUCAUCCGGUUCCCUCACGAGCGUCGAUCUUGUCGCUCGAUAUCUCCGGCGCAUCGCUCGUUACGACUGUCGCGGGCCAUCUCUCAACGCCGUCCCUAUCCUCAACGAGAGAGUGUUCGAUGAGGCUGGUAAAUCAGAUGAUAGGCGGGCAGCUGGGAAGCCAGAAUUAGACUUGGAAGGCAUCCCGUUCACUGUCAAAGACAGCUACAAGGUGAAGGGAAUGACCGUUGCCAGUGGUUCCCCAGCCUUUGAAAACCUCGUCGCCAACGACAACGCCUUCACUGUCAGCGCCAUUAAAAAUGCUGGAGGCAUUGUUCUUGGAAGGACCAACAUGCCACCCAUGGCUUAUGGCGGCAUGCAAAGAGGGAUAUACGGUCGCGCUGAGAGCCCCUACAACCCGAAGUACCUAGCUGCUGCUUUCGCGUCUGGGUCCUCUAACGGCUCUGCGGUUUCGACAGCCACAUCAAUGGCGGCUUUUGGUAUGGCAGAGGAGACAGUCUCAUCUGGACGCUCCCCCGCUUCCAACAAUGCGCUUGUCGCGUACACGCCUUCGCGUGGCUGGAUAUCCAUCCGUGGAAACUGGCCCCUGUAUCCGACAUGCGAUGUCGUUGUGCCACACACAAGGUCAAUGGACGACAUGUUGACCCUGCUCAAAGUCAUUACCGCCGACGAUUUGAUCACUGAGGGCGAUUUCUGGCGUGACCAGCCCUUUAUAAGUCUGGAAAAGCCAUGGGGUGGCAAGCACCUGUCCCCCACCUACUUCCGGGACAUGGCCAAGACGACAUCUCUCAAAGGCCUUCGCAUUGCAGUCCCAACGAUGUACAUUGGCGGGGAAGCCCCGGAUGGUGCCACUCCCGUGGAAACAAGUGCAGGUGUCAUCGAGCUUUGGGAGGGGGCCAAGAAAAACCUGGAAGCCUUAGGUGCUGAAGUUAUCGAAGUGCCCGACUUCCCAGCUGUCACAGCUUACGAGCACCCGGAUAUAUUCAUCUCCAGCGAAUCGGCAGCUCGCUUGCCGCACAAUUGGAAUUGGUACGAGCGUGGCCCAUUGGUUGCUCACGGCUGGGAUAAAUUUCUACGUAGCAACCAAGAUCCCAAUUGCUGCAGCUUGUCAGACGUCAAGGACGAGUUCGAGAUUUUCCCGCUGACCAUGCGCGGCCCGGCUGAGUACAAACACCUACCGACUGAGAACUCCCUGCAUUGGGGAAAACUGGCGGGUUAUGUGCAAGAAAACCCUUCUAUGUACGAGUUGGAGAAUCUGGAAGAGGCUGUGAAAGCUCUUGAGGCCAUGCGCAAGCAACUUUUCGAUGACUAUCUCGAACAACUUGGGUGCGAUAUGUUCGCCUUCCCUGCUUGUGGUGAUGUGGCCGAAGCCGACGCGGAUGUCAAUGAGAUAAGUGCCGAUCUUUCUUGGAAAAAUGGCGUAUUUUAUAGCAAUGGCAACCGGGCACUACGACACCUGGGCAUCCCGUCUGUGACAGUUCCGAUGGGUGUUCUUGCAGACAAAAAAAUCCCUGUUGGACUCAUGUUUCUUGGCCGUGCAUACGAGGAUGAAAAUCUCUUACGCUGGGCCAAUGCGUUCGAAAAGAAGACACGUUUGAGGGAAUCUCCGAUUCAUACACCGGCCCUAGAGUCAGACACUAUCCCAUUAAAUGGACAUCCUGCGCCCUCUACUAGGGCUCCAAGGCCAAUCCUGAUGAUUGAAAAGUGUUCCGUAUCUACCCAUGAUCAGAGCGCGGGAAUUCUCAAAGUGGAAAUUCAAGGUACGAUCGAGAUAGUGGAUGGUCUUGGUGACGCGAAGCCAGUGGCUGAGGUAAUAGUGGAUGGUCAAGAUGUUUCUGCCGACCACGUUGCGAUCAAGAAAUUAGCGUGCGGGGAGGCUCAUAAGACUUUUGAGCUGAAGGCAUGGACUCUAGUUCCCAAGCCAUUGAUCAGGGAGGGAUGGGAAAAGACUAGAGCACCAAUCGCGGGAGAGAAGACCAUAGUGGUAGUGUUGGCUCGGUCAUGCGCAGGGGGUUUACCUUCUGGGUACCUGGGAUUAGUGUAG